CUCUGCAACCCACAGACGGAGCGAUAGAGGAAGAUACUACAGUCUGUGGGACCUUACCAUCCAAGUGACGUCCUGUAUGACCAACCCCGACUUGUAAUAAUCUCAAAGCAAAGAAGCAAUUUGCAGCGGAAUUCACUGGAUUACUCCCCGAGGCGACUGUCGGACGGCCAGUCUACUGUGUUGACAAGGUGGAGAAAUGAGCACACACAGGCAGCAACGAGUGUGGAAUUAAGCACAGGAGAGAAAAGAUGCCAAAGAUGAAACAAUAAAAAAGAGCUAGUUUAGCGGCCUGUGCAGACUUCCUGCGGCAGCACUUGGAUGUGCACGUUGACCCGGCCACGAUGACAAUGAAAGGCCUGUCCAGCAGCCGCAGUCACCACCACACUGUGACCUGCGACCCCUCUUACGACUCUAUGACCCUGGGGCACUCGGAUCGUCGGUCCUACAUCCUCAACCCCGGGGAGGCUCAUCCCGCUGACCACCCAUGCUACACCCAGCGGAACUCCUUCCAGUCUGAGUGCAAUGCCUACCCCGAUCUGGCCAGCUGCACCUUCCCUCGCAGACAUUACAGCUCCCACCAUGAGCUGAAGGAGGAGUGCGGUGCUGUGGUGCCUUACACCGGGCCAACAGGGAGCAGUAAGGGAGGUGGAGGGAACAACAACCGGAUCCCUUCGAACCUGCUCGAGCAGUUCGAGAGCCAGGCACCGUUGCGUCGUGAAGGCUACCACACGCUGCAGUACAAGCGCACUGCGGUAGAGCACCAACGCAGCGACAGCCCCGGACGAAUCCGCCACCUUGUCCACUCCGUCCAGAAGCUUUUCACCAAGUCCCACUCGCUGGAGGGGCCUUCGGGGUCUGGUGGAGGAGGUAGCGGGAAGAUGAACGGCAGCAAAUCCAGUCCUGAUGAUCCUCCCUCGUCCUCUGGCACCCUAAAGCACAGCAAGCGCAGUAAGAGCAAGGAUCGCUCCAAGUCAGAGCCUAAGAUGCGCACUGCCAUCUCAGGCUACUGGAGCUCAGACGACACGCUGGACCGGGAGGUAUGCCUCUACCACCACCACCAUGGGGGCAGCAGUGGAGGCCUGCCCUCAGGGGUCAUGACUAUGGGGCGCCACCCAGACAAAUCCCAGUCGCAGUACUUCAUGGAGUCCUACAAUACCAUCAGCGCCCAGUCUCUGAAGACGUCACGCAGCAACAACGACGUGAAGUGCUCAACGUGCUCCGGGGGCAGUAGCGGAGCGCUGCCGCUGAUGGGCGCCCUCGACGGCCAAGUUCAGCUGAAGAAGAGCUCGUGGUCUUCUACUCUGACGGUGAGCAGAGCAAGAGAGGUCUACCAGAAGGCCUCAGUCAACCUAGAUAAAGCUCUAGUGAAAGCCGAGCAAGGACGCACUUGCCACUUCCUACAGGUGCCUCAGGAUGACUGGAGCGGGUUCUCUCCGCUGGGGAAGGAUGAUGAGAUUCCGUGCCGGCGGAUGCGGAGCGGCAGCUACAUCAAGGCCAUGGCAGAGGAGGACAGCGGAGACUCGGACUGCAGCCCAAAACCUUCGCCCAAGGUGCAGGCACGACGAGCCAGCUACCUGAAGGCCACGCAGCCGUCUCUCACAGAGAUGACCACGCUGAAGAUUUCCACUGAGCACUCGCCCAAGCUGCAGAUCCGGAGUCACAGCUAUCUGCGGGCGGUGAGUGAGGUUUCCAUCAAUAGGAGUCUGGACAGCUUGGACCCGGCAGGGCUGCUGGCCUCGCCUAAAUUCCGCUCCCGAAACGAGAGCUACAUGAGAGCUAUGAGCACCAUCAGCCAGGUGAGCGAGGUGGAGGUGAACGGGCAGAUCGAGGCAGUGUGUGAGUCAGUGUUCAGUGAGAUGGAGUCACAGGCGGUAGAUGCCCUGGACCUGCCCAUGCCCGGCUGCUUCCGCAUGCGGAGCCACAGCUACGUGCGUGCCAUAGAGAAGGGCUGCUCACAGGAUGAGGAAGAGGGAGCCGUCGCGGUGGGCAACAGGAGGAAUAACUCGCCGCCGCGCACCACCACCACCGUCAGAACCAUCCAGAGCAGCACAGUGUCAUCAUGCAUCACCACCUACAAAAAGACACCUCCCCCAGUCCCACCGCGAACCACCCCAUCCAAACCUCUCAUAUCCAUCACGGCCCAAAGCAGCACCGAGUCCGCCCAGGAUGCGUACAUGGACGGGGGCUCUGGCCCACGAACGGGCAUCAGCUCCCAGCCGGGCCUGUCCAACUCCACGGAGAGCAUCGACAGCAUGAAGGCCCUGACGGCGGCCAUAGAGGCAGCUAACGCUCAGGUGCAUGGCCCUGCAAGUCAGCACGUCACCAACAGCACCAUCACCAUCACCGCCACCGCCACCACCUCCGCUGUCGCACACGUCUCCGCCGACACCAAGGCGCAGAGAGAAGCGCUCCGCAAGUGCCUCUCUAUAGGGAUCCAGGUGGACCCAGAGGAAGGAGGGCCCACAGAGGAGCAGUCUAAGUUCCAGUCAAUAGGAAUCCAGGUGGAGGACGAACGAUGUUACCGCAGGAUGACCCGCUCCAACAGUGUCACCACAGCGGUGCAGGCUGACCUUGACGACCCCAUAGACGCCCCAGAGCUGCCACCUCGUCACUGUGUCACCAUGCCACGCCAGCACUCUCGCGAUGCCGCCACUUCCACCGUCAGCAUCCAGGGCUCUGGGAACCACUACCAUGCCUGUGCAGUAGAUGACUACGGAGACGUGGGCUUUGACCCGUCCAUCCUGCCUCCUCCAGACCCGUGGAUGGACAGCGUGCCCGAGCCGGAGGUGGAGGCUCUGGAGGCCGUCGGGCGAUCGGUGUGCCCCCGUGACGGCCGCUGGUUCCUCAAGUUGCUGCAGGCUGAGACGGAGCGUAUGGAGGGCUGGUGUAGACAGAUGGAGCAGGAUGAAAUGGAGAAUGAGCUGCCUGAUGAGAUCCUGGGGAAGAUCCGCAGUGCAGUGGGGAGUGCCCAGCUGCUGAUGUCCCAGAAGUUCCAGCAGUUCCGGGAGCUGUGUGAGGAGAAUCUGAACCCAAACGCACACCCGCGGCCCGUCUCGCAGGACCUGGCGGGUUUCUGGGACAUGCUCCAGCUGUCCAUCGAGAACAUUAGCCUGAAGUUUGAUGAGCUCCACCAACUCAAAGCCAACAACUGGAAACCUCUGACUCCCCCAGAAAUUCAGGAGAGAAGGAUGCCCCCUCCUGUGCCAAAGAAGCCCCAGAAGGGCCACCCUCCCCUGGCUAGGGACCGCUCGCUGGAGAGCUCUGAGCGCCAGCGUCUGGAGGCUCGCAAACGCCUGCUAGCUGCCAAACGUGCCGCGUCGGUUCGGCAGAGUUCUGCUACCGAGAGCGCAGACAGUAUCGAGAUCUAUAUUCCUGAGGCCCAGACCAGACUAUGAGACCCGUAAACAUAUGUACCUUCACAAUACAUUGUCCCAUAAACACGAUAGCACUGAAUGGUAAGGCUAGGGUGCUAUAACACAGCAUAAUCACAUUUUUUGCAGACUUCCUAGAUCACUGUGGGGUCAGUCACGAUGGAAGCUGUCUGAACAAGAAAUGUACAUUCACGAUAUUUAUUUAUUUAUUUAUCUGUCUCCCCCUUCCCCUUCAUUUCCUCCUCCCAGCUUUGAUGUAGCACUCCCUCUUUUCCUUGCACCUCCACCUGCCCCCUCAUUCCCAAAGACAUCUCCAACGAAUCCCCCCCUUUUUUAAGUGACCUGAUAUUACAAAGUAAGCCUGGUGUAGCACAGCAGUGAUGCUUCACAUUAAUGUGUUUCAGGAGCUGAGGAUGCAGAGAGGGAGCAUGCAUGUGUGUGUAUGUAUAUACAUGCAAACACACAUAUAGGCAUAGGUGAUGUAUGUGAUCUGAUCUGCUCAGGUCAAUACAUCAAAUCAAAGGGAGAGGCCACACCCAACCAGACCCAUUGACUUGAUAUUUAUGAAGUUGAUUUUUAUAUUUUUAUCGAAAAUCUAUAUUCUGAAAGUAUUAUAAUCUGACAAGUUUGCGCUUUGCAUAAUGAGAUCGAGCAUAAUAUUAAAAAGACCAGAAGAGGCAAUUAAAGUGUCACCUGGUGACACAGUCGCCUUCUGUCUUAAAGCAGGUCUGUCCAGUGGCCUGAGGUCGACCCUGUAAGGUCAGGAGGUUACAUGUUGCUCCUCCAGGUGAGGCAGGGUGGCUGUUGAGCCAGGAGCAGAGUUUUUGCAGAGUACUGAAAGGAUCACUGUUCUAAAAUGCCACAAACCUAAUCCGCGUGUAUGUGUGACAGAAAGAGUGUGAGUGAGUGUGUGUUUUGAUUCGAAUAUAUGUUUCAGAAGUGCUUCCUAUUUUUCUAGGCCUAAACAGUCCUAGUUCUAAUUGAUGACUAAGGUAGCAGUAUCAAUAAACUGUAAACAAAAUACCCAUCUUGUCUCAUUUUAAACUGAGCAACACAUGUUUGUGUAAAGAACAUAUAAUGACAUGACGUUCAUGCUCACACAAGGUAUUUUUUGUCUUUUUUUAACAGGUUUAUUCCUAACCCAUGUUGUGUUCAACCUUUUUCGUGUAACCGACGAAGCUAAAAUACUGAUAUUUGGUACAAUACUGGUAGUUGUACUGUAUUUUAUUAUGUCAUUUUUAGACAAGAAAGGUUUAUUGACAGUAUUGAGACUACAGGACUGAAAAGGGACUAUUUCUCCUCACUGUGUGUGCACUAUCUCUGCCUCCAAAUGAAGCAAUUAUUUGAAGGUCAUACGGAAAAAAUCCAGUUUCUAAUAUUUUGUAUUCGUGUUUAAUUUAUUGAUUAGGAGAACAAUGACUGUUUAUUGACAUUGUGAUUAUUAUUAUGCACUGACAACAAGGCCCUUAUACUGUGUUUGUGUUUGAUUUAUGUUGGUUCUUUAGCAUGACAGGCACCUUUUUUUUUGUCUUUUCUGUUUCAGUGGUCAGCCUUAAUUUCUAAUACGAUAGUCGAGCACAACAGCAGUCUCAGGGGAAGAAGUGUGUCGAGUGUGUGCUUGUGUGUAUGUGUGCGGCUUCGGAGAUGAGAGGGAGUGUGACUGGCUUCAUGUGACUGUAUGUGACCCAUGACUUUGCCUCUUAUUGUAUAUAAUCCCUGCCAUCAGGAUAGGCCAUGAUCUUAACUAAAGGAAACGGUGUCCAUGCCAUCUUCUAGGUGAUGUUCCUACUGAACAUCACAGCCCUUCAGUGUAACAAGGUAUUUCUGUCAGCUGCUUGAAUGUGGAGACAAUCCUGAGCCGUUUUUUUUCGGUCACGUACUUUGUUUUGAUAACAGAAUAGCAGGACUUUGGUGUGUAGUCCAGUUCUCCGUAUUAAUCUGGAAAUAUUUUGUGCCAUUGGAUAACUAUAAGCCAGGAUACAGUAUAUUCCUGCUAUUUGUCCCUAUUGAACAGCUACCUGACGUUUUCAUCGAGAAACGUUUGUCAGUGGAGGAUCUCAAGUGAUGAUGUAACCGUACAGUAUGAUUUGUAUUUCCUUUAGUUGCUCAGUAUAAAUUUUAGAGAGGGUGAAUAUAACAAUAGUUCAAACUUAAUGCCAUUUUACGUAGAAGCUCAUUUUAGUAUUUUUACUUUGGAACUUGUAUUUGAAUUGAAUUGUCUGUCAAAUAAUUGAGUCUUUAUUUAUGUUUUAUUAUAUUAACAUAUCAAUAUAACACUCCUGGUAUAGCAGGGAGUUAGAAACCAGAAUGUUGGAUUGUGGUUAAAAAUUUAAAAUGCAAUCCUGGCAAAUUCUGAUGCUUGUGAUGUAGUUAUAUUAAGAGAAAAACAUUCAAAUAAACAUUUGUACAUAAAUGAAUGUUUCCCUAUGUAAAUGUAAACUAAAAAACCCAAUCAAAUAACAUAUUAAGCAGAUAUACAUUUUGUAUUUAAUGUUAUUACACUGUUGAUGUUAUGGCACGUGUAUGAGCUCUUAUCAGCAUUAAAAAAAAAAAAAAAAAUCAUCGCCAUAAUUUUGUUGUGUUCAUUUCUUUCCCGUCUCCACACGUGUUUUCAAUUGGAAUAUAAUUAAACAGAUUACAAGGCUAGCGUGGUGUGUUUUUAGGGCUUUUCCCUUCCGCAGGGGCGCGUCCCCAUAAUUAGACAGCACUUUUGGCCUUGGCUUAGCCUUGACGCUCCUGUACAUGCAGCUUCUGGUGAUUUGUCAUUCACACAUCAGUCGUGCUGAGGGGGAGGCACGCUGGUCUCGGUGGCCUGAGUUGGGGUUAGGAGGUGGUGGGGGUGAGGUCUUUGUGCACGGCCUGGCCCUGGGUCAAUCUACCCAUCAGAUGGUCCACCAUGGUGGGCUACAACUGCCUACUGUGCGCCUGGAGGUCUGUUUAAACCGUUAUUAGUGAUUACAUCAUUCAGACGAGGCCCAGCCCCCGCCACAAGAUGAGAGCUGUCACUUCUGACAGGAAACGUGACGAAAGUUGGGAAAUGCAUUCUGGACGUUUGCUAGUGAUUGGCAGGGGCAGCUUCUGCCACUGACAAGGCAAAAAAAAAAAAAAAAGCGACAGAUUUUUCAGCUGAUUACUUUGCUGUUGCCUUUAGAACAUCCAAAGCAGUGGUGGAAGUAUUCAAAUGUUUUACAUAAGUCAAAGUUAGUAACACUACAGUGUAAAUAUUAGUUUGGUAAAGCCUUGCAUUAAAAUCAUUCAAAGUUUUUGCAGUUUAUUAAUAACAAAAGCACUCAGUAACCUUAUGAGGGUUAAACUACUAUGUACUCUUAUGUAAUUUAUGUGGAAGCAGUUUUUAUAUACAUCUAUAGUUGAUUAAACACUUUCCAAUUUAAGUAUUUUACAUACUUUAUCUACUUACUACCUUUAUAAUAUUGUUUGUUUCAUAUUGCCAAGUGUUUAUGCUUUAUAAUUCUAGGUGUGCCUGCACUUAAUGUAAUGUGAAAUGAAAUGAUUUUAUAUUAUUUUCUGUACACAUUUUUUUGUAUAUAAAACAUGAUCUCAUUAAGUGUAUGUAACUACAAAUCUGAAAUCAGUAUAACUGGGAAAAAUACAAUAUUCCCCUUGAAAUAUGACAUAUAAGAGGUUUAAAAUAGCACAACAGUACUUGAAUGUUUAAAUUCCAUCACUGGUCUCAGUUGUACCAUAGCAGGUAAUUGAUUAGUGAACAUGAGCUAGCUGGCACAAUUAGAGCUCAUUUUAAUGAAAAUAAAAGAGCGCUUUAAAAAAAAUUCUAUCAAAUUAGAAAAAUAAACUCUUGUGUGUCUUUGGAGAAGAAUAUAAUAAAAUGAAAGGGUGCCUGUCUUAGUAAAUAUAGACAACAAAUCCGGUUGAGGCCAAUAGAGAAGCUUUAGGAUUGUAGAAGAACCAGAAGGGAACAGCUGUCUGCCUCCUCUUCAUACUCGGUUGUAAGCUGCCUUACAUUGACUCUAUUGAAACGUAGACACACAUAAAACCCCGCUGGCAAGAAACUGUUGACGUCUGCUGUUUGCACGUGUUAAUUUAUGCAGGAUUAUGCUAAUUCGCAGGAGCUGUUGUAAACCUCUCACACACAGGAAUGCCUCUGAAUGCCUGUGGAAAGACAUGAACACCACGCUAUUUCUGCCCUCCCGUAUUCCUGUCUUUUAUUUACUGAACAUUCUAGCUCAAUACACUCUUCUUAUCCUUGAGGGAUAAAUCUGUAAUCUUGGCAAAGUUCAGCAGGAUUUACAAGAAUACAGCCUGUAUAAAUGUGCAUUAGAGUUAAGUGAUCUGAAGAAGGGAAAAUACUUGAAUGAAAAAAAAAAAGAUCGAUUCUGAGAUGUAGAAAAACAAAACUUUAUUUGAAUCCCAUGUGACCCCUUUUUGCCACAAACAUUGCACAGUAUGAAAAGAAAUCACAUCAUUGGGCAUCAUGUCACAUUAACUAUACACAUGGUCCUAUUAUACAUGAAAAUGCUUUUUGGUGAUUUCAAAAAAAGCUGUUUUUUUUGUCAGGUUGUAAAACAGCAAAUGCAGAAAAAGACAUCUGUAGUGUUUCAUUUUCCAGUCCACUGGCCGUUCGUUUUCGCUGAGUGAUGGGAUGAAGGC